GCUGUCGUCUGUUUACUUCUGCCCUUUGGGGUUUUUAGACUCUAGUAUUCUUCGGUGUUUUUACCGUUUUUGAGAGAAGAAGGGAGUGGAGUGAGGUUUGUUGAGAGUUAAUGGGUUGUUGAUAAUUAUUUGGGGAGGUUCUUUGUCUCGGACAUUGUUUAUCAUUUUCACGUGGCGCAGCAAUUAAACAGAACGAACAAUGAUUGGGAGACGCAGGGGCAUCUCAGAUCUACCAGAGCAGUCUCCGUAUAAAAAGAUGCGACGACGAAAUACCGCUGAACAGGAGAGUCAAGGGGAGUUUCCCUCAAACUCAAUUGCUGACAAAUUAAGUGCUGACGCUGUUAAGCUCCAACAGAUUGAAGGGAAAUUUGCAAGUCUCGAAAAAGCCAAUAAUGAUCUGCAGAUGAGACUUGCGUUAUCAGAAGCCAAGGUCGCGAAGCUAAAUAGUGAUCUGAUGAACAAAAUGACGACUGUCUGGGAUUACAAGAAGAGCAUCACUGAAACCAUCAAUUAUGUGACUGAAGCGAUGGAAGACUGUCAGGGGUACAAUGAGCAUCUUACUUCUCAGUAUAAUCAAGUGGUGGUGAAGCUGUGCGCAGACAAUGAAACUCUGAAGACUCAGGCAGAACGUCAUGCGAAAGAGCAGGUCCAACAUGCUAAGGUAGUUCACCAGCUCUCCCAAAAAGAAUCGGAACUUGUUGAAGUGAAAUCAAAGUAUCAGAUCCUCCACGUUGAGAUUGAGAGCUGCAAGAAGAAACUGCAGCGACUUGGGGAGGGCGAGAGAUGUCUCCAAAAGAGCAUCCUUGAGCUUGAAGCCACUGCUGGUGAAGAGAAAAGGAGAUUGGAGUCGAUGUGUGCAGUUGAGACCGAGAAAUUGAGUCAGCAAGGUCAUCUCCAUGAGAUUGAGACACAGAAGUUCCUGAAGGAGAUUGAAGAGCUGAAGGAGAAGUCUAUGAAUCUGCAGCAUGAAAAGAACGAUGUUGUUCGGUUGGUGGCUGAGAAGGAGGCGGAGAUAAAGAGUUUUGAGCAGGCUGUCGAUCAUUACAAAGUAAAUGUAGAAGAAUUAAAGACUGAACUGGCUGAGAAAACUGCUCGUUGUCAGCGUGCGGAUGACGAGAUGGUGAAGUGCGAGGGUGAAAUGCUGGAGAAAAAUAAACAGAUCUCUCAACUUACACAACAACUUGAGACUAUUCAACUCGACUUAUCAAGGAUGGCAGCUGCUUUAGCAAGUGUGGAGGAGGCCAAACGUGACUUAGAACGGGAGAUUGCGAUGAAAGAACUUCAGUCACAAGAGACACAGGCGAAGUGUGGUCAAGUGGAGACAGAAUUGAGAAGACAACUGGCGAUUCUGCAGGAGAAUUUAUCACAGAGAACUUCAGAACUACAGGAGCUUCAAAACAAGUGGAAAGAGACUGAUUCUCAGAGAGAGUCUGUCUCAGCAGAUUUAUUAAAAUCUAAUCUCUUAGUUGAGGCCGUUCAAAAGGAAAAUGUAGACAUUAAACAUGAAUUAACUUUGAUCAGUUCAACCAAAGAGGGCGAAGUGGAAAUUCUUAAAUAUCAACUGGAGCAUUUGAAUAAGCAAAUGGAAGAGAGACAACUAAAGUUCAACGCUGAGAGUCAGGAAAUGAAAUUGAAAUAUGAAGAAAUCGAAGUUAAAUAUCAAAAUGAGAUGGCAGCUAACAAGCAAAACUGUGAGAACUUUACAGCAGAAUUGAUUAAUUUUAAUACAAAGCUCCAACAACUGCAGGAACUCAAUAAGCAAUAUCUCGAAGAUAAAGAAAAAUUCAAUGAACAGUUCAACUCAUCAGAAGAGAAGUUGAAAAACAUCACAAAAUCAAAUGCACAACUGAAAGAGACGCUCCAGGUAGCCAAUAAGAAUCUAAAAUUAUCUGAACAAACAAUCGAGGACUUGAACCAGAAGAAUCAACAAUUAGAAAUAAAGAACAAAGAUCUGAUGGAAAUGGAGGAAAAACUGAAGACUGCUGAACAAAAGGCUGAGGAGUUCCAGCAGAAGUAUUUCAACGAGAAGAUUAGGAAAAUGCAGAAGGAAUUGGAUGCACUGAGGCUUAAACACCACGAGACUAAUGAUCAGCGUUUCCUCACAAGAAGACAAUCCUGCCAGAAGCACCAGGAGAAUCUGCAGGCAUCCGGAAACAGGGCCCACGAGUUUCAGCAGAAAUACUGUGCUCUUCAUGCACGACAAGAGAAUGAGAUACGUGUAUUUGACAGGCAGCAGAGACUUCUCGAGGAGGCUAACAGGAAAGCUCAGGAAUUCGAGUGGAAAUUCAAGGAGCUCCAAGUUCAGAGGUUGAAUUUCAACAGGAAGUUGUCUGCUGUCUGUUCAGAUGAGGCUUUCCCUCCGGAAGUAGUCGAGAUGUCAGUACCUCAGACACUGGAGAUAUCGUCGAUGAAGAGGGUAUCAUCUUCCUCAAAAAUUUCUUCAAUACCGAUUUUUACGUUUCGGGUACCAGUGCCGCAGAAACCUCCACAGACUCCAGAGUCAAACAAUGAAGAAACUGAACCCAUGAUAGAAGACCUACCUCGUAGUAGCUCAUCUCCCGACAGUUUCGUAAUGAUUGUGGAAGAUAGUUUUUAGUUGGAUGACAGAAAAAUAUCGUCUAAAUCAUCGCAGGAUGAUUCACGACGAGCCAAGUCCGCAGGUACUCAGACAAAAACUGCCCGGAAAUUCUUUAAAAGUAGAGAAUUUCAACAGAAGUGACAUUAUCAUGUCAAAAAACUUCAUUUUCAUGCUUUUCAACUAAAGACAUAUUUUUUUUAAUUGUCACCUUCGUACUUUUUAUUUAAUGUAUGACAUAUCUAUUUAUGGGCUCAACAGUUAUGUUGAUUUCACUUCGUAUCAGUGAGUGAGUGGUGCUUUAACUCCACAAAGUACAUAAGAAAAAAAUCUGCAGGUCUGUAAUUGUCAGGAAAAUUCUGUCUAAUUAUCACAGGAUAGUUUAUGAUCGGCUGGGGUGGCGGGUGUUCACAUAAAGACUGCCAGGGAAUUCUUCAAGAAUAGAGAAUCUCAACAGAAGUGACAUUGUCAGGUCAAAGAUCUUCCUUUUUGCUCUUUUCACAUAAAAACAUUGAGAGAAAUGUCGUCAUUUCGUAUUUUUUCAUUUAAUCUGUGACAGAUACAGUUGCAGAUUUCAAAGUUAUGUUUCUUUCAUUUAGUAUCGAUAACUGAGUGGAAUUUUGAGUACACAUUUUCAACUAUUUCUCUAU